CGGGCAGACUUCGAUUGUACCACCACUCAUCUUUUGCAUUUGAGCUUGGGGAACUUUGUUUGUCGACAGGCUUUAUUAAACCUGUUGCUGACCGGCCACGCGACUCCUCAAGUCUUCAAUGGUACAUCACUAAACGAUGAGCAACACAAAGCACUCACCCAGCCUCUCCACGGGGUUCUGACUCGCAGUCAUGUCGGAUAUCUGCUCUGGAACAGAGAACAAGUCAACCAUGCACAGCUCCCCCUGGUGGGCAGCAUGCUGAAAACACCCAAGCUGCCUAUCUGGGUGUGCAACAUCAAUGGCACCUACAGUGUUUUAUUCAGCCCAAACCGUUCAUUGCUCUCUGACUGGAAAAUGGAGCAUCUUUUCCAGCUUUACUUCUACAAUGGCCAUCCAACUCAGCUCAACACAAUGCUCACCAUAGAUACACACUCCCAUCACUGGGAGGCUGAAAAUAAUGACAUUCAAGGAGACCCAGAAAAAAAGUUUCCAUCUGUAGAGAUGACCAUUAGGACCAAGUGGGAGGGAGCUGUUAUUGACUGGAAUGGGACAGUGCCUUUUUUCUGAAGAGGUUUGAAGCAGGGUCACCUGAUUUGUAGCAUACAUCUCCUGGCCUGCAAUAAAGAGUAUUUUAUAGACUUUUAUAGGUUUUGAUGUGGGCUUAAUUUUUGACUUUCAUUUUGGCUUGUGAAUCUUAAUAACAUGAUUACCCUUCACAACCUGCUCAUUUGAACAUCUCAGCAUCUGAGCAUUUAUCAUAAG